CUGGCAGAAAUAGCUGAAAGUAUCGGCAGAUUGUUUCAUGUGGUAUGAUUAUUUUUCAGAUUGCUUGUGGCGACUUGCACAAAAUUUCUCAAUCCGUAGUAUCAAAAACGGUAUCUAACAUUUCUAAGAGAUUGGCUUUGAAAUCUAGGCAAUUUAUUAAAUACCCUGGAUCAAAUGAAAGGGUUGAAACUAAAAGAAAAUUCUACCGAAUUGCAGGGUUUCCAGGUGUAAUUGGAUGUAUUGAUUGCACACACAUUCCAAUAAAAAAUCAAUCCAGAACAAGGGGAGAAAUCUUUCGUAAUAGAAAAGGCUGGUUUUCUAUCAAUGUCCAAAUAGUAUGUGGACUGCAAAUGGAAAUAUAUGACAUUGUUGUGCGAUCGCCUGGAUCUGUGUAUGAUUCGCGCGUAUUUAGCAACAGCAGAUGCUGUUUGAGAUUUGAAGAAGGCGAUUUGGUUGGCAUUCUUGUCGGAGACAGCGGUUAUGCGCAGACUGGCUUUAUGUACACUCCUGUACUGAAUCCUCAAACAGACCCAGAACACAGAUACACUCGAGCACGUGUGUUGACAAGAAACGUUAUUGAUCGUGUAAAUGGUGUAUUAAAGAGACUUUUGUACAGUACACAAAAAUUCAUGCAAUAUUAUAGUCUCUUGUGCUGUCCUACACAACAUUUGUUUAAUGACCAAUGAACCUGAACUGAACCCUGAAAUUGAGAUAGAAAAUGUCCCAGUACCUAAUACUCAGGACUCUUCCAGAGGGAGUAUUAUACGAUCGGCUUUUAUUUCUAGGUAUUUCAAUUAAAAAUUCUGCAUAUGAGUAACAUCAACCUACAGCAGUCCACUGCUGGACAUAGACCUCUCCAAUUGCUCGCUACUGAGCACAAUCCUCGGUUUCCCUCAUCCAGCUCCUGCCAGCCACCCUGCACAGAUCAUCACUCCACCACUUUGCAGUUUCGACUCAAGAACAUGUAACACCUAACAGUUAUCAGUUGUCCAGCUAAUAUGGGUAUAUAAGUUGGAACCGAGCAGUGAGCACUGUUAUUGUAAUGCAGAUAGUAUUCUUUAUUUUGAAGAGGAAUGAUUAAAUUUGAUUUUGUUAAUUUUGAUAAUUUUUUUUACUAAAAAAGUAAAUAGUACGAGGUUAGACUUUUGAAACUCCUUAUUUUAUUUACCUACUUAACUCAUAUUUUGCUUAUGUGAUUGUAGA